CUCAUCUGCCACUGAAUUGCCGCAAGAUGAUAGAAUAGUGGCUAAUUAAAAGCUUUUUUUCUCGAUAGCUGUUUCUCGUUGUGAUUCAGCCGCCUCGUCUUAACCAUGCUCUAAAAGGUCGACGUAAUUCGCUUAGUGUUCGACCCAACCACAAUUAACGCGUAAAUGCCACCAGUUGUAAUGAAUCGACAUGACGUCGGUAGAACUGCACUGUCGGCUGGUGGCUGUCGACGCAGCGUCGUCAGCAUGGGCCUCAGAGCGUCGAUAGCAUCCUCAUGGCGUGGCUUUGGAGCUUCACCAUGUCCAUGCCCCGCUACGCCCGCUACGCCCUCAGCCAGCCCUAGCAGCCGCUGCCAGCCGACACCGCUGAGGGCCGCCCCCGGCGAAGAAGGCCCCUCCAUCUCGGCCUCUGCGGUCGCAGCGGAGGUGGUGGAGGGUCCCUGGAGCCGGGACCUCAUCCUGGACCUGGUGCGGCAGGAGGAGCAGCAGGAGGAGGCGCUGCAGUCCGAGGAGCUGACGCGGGAGUUCAGGGAGGAUCCCCAGGGAUUGUACGAGUAUGUUCAACGAGCGUACGAGGAGGGCCCUCGCCACGUCGCCUCGCCGUACACGUUGCUCAUGGAGGAGUCCACGGGCGUGCCCACCAUUGCCUACCCGGCCGCUGUGGCCAACGAUAUUAUUGGCAUCGGCAGCUGGAGGCUUAAGGCCAUGUUUGACCCGGUGAUUGAGUUCCUGGUGGCGCGCAUUGAGGGCUGCUGGCGGGAGCUCCUGGACACAGACCUCAACCUGUAUCCCGUCGACCAGUGGAAAGCGCACGGCUGGGACCUGGUAGACAGCGAGGACCCCCAGAGGCAGCUGGACGGCUUCUCCUACGCUGACAUCCCGGAUCCGGCGGAGGGAGCCGAGGGCUACCCGCGCCUGCACAUGGAGAACCGCGUGUACUGCAGCCGGGCGUUCCGCAAGCUGCACGUGGAGGUGGCGGUACGGCAGGACGGCAUGCAGGUGCUGCAUGUGGUGGUCUACCCGCGAUACACCUACGACCUGCCCAUCUUCGGCCUGGACCUGGUGCUGAAGGACGGCCACGUGUCGCUGGCGGUGGUGGACUGCUGCCCGCUGCGCAGCGACCUCAAACUGCCGCCGCACUACAUGGAGACCAUGGCGCUGCUGCAGCGCACCUUCCUGGCCGACCAGGACCCCACCGCGCGCCGCGUGCCCGCCUGGGGCGCCGCCACCUUCUCCCCGCUGGCGCUGUGCAUCUCGCCCUCCAGCCCCGAGGAGCUGGCGGGCUUUGUCAAGUACGCGGUGGCGCUGCACCGCGCGCACCUCACCAUGGCCCUGCGCGCGGGGCCGGUGGUGGCGGGGCCGGGCGACCGGCGCACGGAGGCACGACUGGAGGAGAUGUUGGAGGGGCAGAAGCGGUUCUGCGAGAACCAGCUGGCGAACAAGAAGACACGUCGCGUGCUGGAGGCCGCGUUUGGGCCGGAGUGGACGGAUGCGUACAUGAAAAAGCUCAUGUUCGACUUUGACCCCUCGUACGACCCGCCGUUCUUCGAUGCGGAGUUCGAGAAGCUGUACACGUACUUUGACGAGAACCCUGAGUUCGGGAGCUUGGCUGACGAGGCGGAGGAGCUGGAGUUGCAAGCCGAGAGCGAGCGUGCGGCGGAGACGCUGGAGGCGGCAGCCAACGGACGACAAGUUUCCAAGGAGAAGCUGGACCUCGCGGUGAAAUUCCUGUACCAGAGCGAUCCUAAGUUCCGAGCUGCUGUGCAGACACUCACGGGCGACCAAGCAGAGGUUCCGCCCGAGGAGCUUCUAUCGUCGGAGCUAAUGCAGUUGUUGCCGUCAAGCAACUCGGAGCUCGAAGAGGACGAACGAUAGCAUGCGCGUCGCGCAGGCACAGCAUGGGUUCAUGGUGUACGAGCAAGUACAAGUGACAUUUGGCGGAAAGCGCCUUCAGUGCUCCUCGUCAUUGUAACCUUUACAAGCUGCAAUAUUGUAUCAUAUGACGUGAAUAUAGUUUCCAGACGCGCACACGAAGAAUCUAGGCGACCUCCUUAUAGACAUUGCAUAUUUUUAGCGUAAAUAAGUAGCCUUAAAUGGCAGAGGGUAGGGACGACGAUGUCCGGCCUCCCACAAGGCAGCAAGGCGGGGCAUCGACUUCGCAGCCUGUCUUCGAGCCUGGCCAAAAGGCCAUAUGCAUUGCUAGCUUUGACGGCCAACAACACCCCGUCGAGAUUGUCGACAAGCGGUUUGAGAGGGGCGACUUUGUGUACUAUGUACACUAUAUUGACCGGGACCGACGCCUUGAUGAAUGGGUCACCCCGGAUAAGCUCGGCAUCUGGGCGAUAACUCCGAGGCCGAGCUUGGCCCGCAUCGACACGCUACCAAACUUAAGCAUGGGCGGAGACCUGCUAUCUCCAACCGGAGAUGUAAAUAACCUCAAAGUGACACGGCGCUUGAAGCGCAAGUAUGAGGAGGCACAUCACUUACCAGUGGACGAGCACGGGGCGGACCAUGGGCACGACAAGGAGCACCACCCGCCACGCGUGAAGAACAUCCAGGUCGUCGAGUUCGGGCGGUACGAGAUGGACACGUGGUACUACUCGCCGUACCCAGAGCCGUACGCCUCGGCCAACAAGCUGUACCUGUGCGAAUACACGCUCAAGUACUUCCGGAAAAAGAAGACCCUGCUGCGGCACCUGGCGAAACUGGACAUUCGGCAUCCGCCAGGCGACGAGAUCUAUCGGUCGCCGCCGCCGCCGCCCGGACAGCCGAACUACGUGGGAGGUGCGGUCACGCGGCCGCCCAUCAGCGUCUUCGAGGUGGACGGCAAGAAGGCCAAGGUGUACUGCCAGAACCUGUGCCUGCUGUCGAAGCUCUUCCUGGACCACAAAACCCUCUACUACGACGUGGACCCCUUCCUCUUCUACGUGAUGUGCGAGCGGGACCAGCACGGGUACCACAUGGUGGGCUACUUCAGCAAGGAGAAGAGCUGCAUGGAGGACUACAACCUGGCCUGCAUCCUCACGCUGCCCGCUUACCAGCGCAAGGGCUACGGCAAGUUCCUGAUUGCCUUUGCAUACGAGCUAUCGCGGCGGGAGGGGCGCGUGGGCACGCCGGAGCGGCCGCUUUCAGACCUGGGCGCGGUGAGCUUCCGCAGCUACUGGACGCGUGUGCUGCUGGAGCAGCUGCGCAACGUGAAGGGGGACGUGUCCAUCAAGGAGAUGUCGGACGCCACCAUGAUCCGCGGGCAGGACAUCGUGGACACACUCCAGGGACUCGGGCUCAUCAAGUACUGGAAGGGGUCGCACCUCAUCCACGCGGACCCCCGGGUCGUCCAGGAGCACUGGGCGAAGUACGCCCACCAACGAAUGAUUGAGGUCGACCCGGCCUGUCUGCACUGGCAGCCGCUUCCCACGACGACUGCGCGGAAGCGGCCAUAGGGUGCCGUAGGCGGUCGCGCGUCGGGGUCGCACGUCGAAAUGCACAUGAGGGUUCGGUGAGCUUGUACGUCUGUGUACAAUAAGCAUUGCAUAAACAUCCAGAGCGUUUGGACUGUUUCUCAAAGCGAUGGCGUGUGCCAACUUUGGCACCAUGGAGUUUCUGGUCUGCCAUGCAAGAUCUUUCGGACUGGAUAGGGACGGUUUCUGCUGUGUUUCCUUUCUGGUCUGCCUACCGGUAUCCUAUUUUUUAUACAAUGCGUUAGUGCAUGUUGGUUCUGGGCGCGUAGUGUUCUCCUUGUCUAAAGCCGGCAAGGCCGACUAGCUUUAAUGGGCUGAGCACUGAGAAUGUUCUUUUCCCAUGACAUAUUUUGCAUCGAUGUUAAUAAGCUGGGCAACAGCGCCUUGGGCAACAAAGUGCACAUUCAGUGGUGUUUGGGGCAGGGGUCAUGACCAGAUUUGCUGACAGUACCGGAAUAAGACAAAACACGAUAUUACGCGUGGGCCCGUGUCUAACCUACGGGGUGCAGGCGGGAUUUCAUAACCAGUCGGACCCUCAUUGUUUCAACCCAGGAUGUGAAACCGCC